AUGGAAACAAUGGCAAAGACUUCCAACGAGAAUAUCGCCAAGGUAGUCACCAUGGAUGAGCCCAGCAUCUCCAUGGUUGAAAAGGCCGCCGCGAUUGACCUUCAGAAUGCCGACCUGGCCCUGCAGAUUCUAUACGACAUUGACGUCUCGCCGGAAGAGGUCGCGGCCGUGGACGAAAAGGCAUUUCUCAGCAAGGUUGACCUUCGCAUGCUCCCCAUUAUGUUUACGGCGGUAAUGCUAUUUUCCUUUGACAAGAGUACGCUCAGCUACUCAUCCGUCAUGGGAAUUCGAGACGACGCGCAUCUCUCCUCUGGCGAAUACGCAUGGCUCGGCAGCAUCUUCAGCCUCGGCUACCUCGUGUCCAACCUGCCCUGCGCCAUCAUGAUCCAAAAGGCGCCCCUGUCCAAGUGGAUCGUCGUCAUGAUGAGCAUCUGGGGUGUCAUCCUGGCCCUCAUGGCGGUUGGCCGCAACUUUGGCCAGCUCUUUGCCAUUCGUCUACUUUUAGGCAUCUUUGAGGCCAGCAUCACACCUACCUUUGUCGUCAUCACCGGCAUGUGGUACAAGCGCGACGAGCAGGCCAAGCGGCUCGGCAUCUGGUACGCGGGCUCCGGGCUCGCCAGCGUUGUCGGCGCGCCCAUUGCCUACGCGAUUGACGGGAGCCCCAGGACUGGCGUCCUCGUGUCUUGGAAGUUUCUCUACGUUUUGUCGGGCGCAUUGACCGUGCUAGUGGCCAUUGUCUUCUUCUUCAUGGUGCCCGACUCGCAAAGGUCGGCCUCGUUCCUGUCGCCCGCCGAAAAGGUCUACGCCAUUGAGCGGCUUCGUGUCAACCAGCAGGGCAUCGGCAACCGCAAGUUCAAGUGGUACCAGAUGCGGGAGCUGCUUCUCGAUCCCCGCACCUAUCUCUUCUUCGGUAUUCAAUUUGUCGCCAACAUUGGUUGGGGAGCGACGAGCACUUUUUCGCCGCUCCUAAUCAAAGCGCUGGGCUACUCUAGCCGCAACGCCUUGAUUCUCAAUAUGCCCAAAGGAGCAGUCAUCUUCGUCUCGGUUCUCGUCGCUUGCUAUAUGGCCGACAGGAUGAAGGACAAGACACUCUGGGCCGCCAUCAGCGCCACCAUUGGCAUGAUUUUCGGCGCCUUGUGCUUUGGGCUUCAGCACAAAAGCUCUGCCGGGGCUUUGGCAGCGUUUUCGCUUAGCGAGGCAUCUACGCCUCUCUACAUUCUCACUUUCAGUAUGGUGUCGGAGAAUACCGCCGGCCACACGAAAAAGCUCCUCACAAAUGCAAUUCUCUUGGUUGGCUCAACCACUGGAACCCUGACCGGCCCGCAAAUCACCAAGAAUGAUCCGACGUAUGCACGGGUCAAGGUGCUAAUCACUGUAUGCCCGGCUAUUUGCCUCGUCUUCAUCAUGCUACUGCGAUUUCUCAACAUGCGCGCCAAUCGUCGUCGCGAUGCUGCCCAGGCCGCCCAAGGCUACAAUCAUGUUGAGAACAGCGAGUUUCUGGACUUGACAGAUGUUGAAAACCCCGAGUUCCGAUAUGCAAAGUAA